AUGCCCAUCAGUGAAGACGAAACAGACUACAAUAGGUCAAGAGAACCUCAGUCCACCAUGUCCAAAGCAGAGUUACGAAAAACCCAUAAACCGAUAAUGGAAAAAAGAAGAAGAGCUCGAAUAAACCAUUGUCUCAAUGAAAUCAAGACUCUUAUUUUAGAAGCCAUGAAUAAGGAUCCCGCCCGUCACACAAAAUUAGAAAAAGCUGAUAUUCUUGAAAUGGCUGUGAAACAUCUGCAAAACGUCCAGCGCCAACAGUUAGCAAUGGCUAUGGCUUCAGAUCCUUCAGUUUUAAGAAAGUUUAAAACCGGAUUUAAUGAAUGUGCGGCUGAAAUAGAUAAGUAUAUGAAUCAGACAGAUGGUGUAGAUAACUCUAUGAAGUUGAGAGUAGUAAAUCACCUUCAGAAAUGCAUUGGUGGUAUUGAGCAGGUAGCGCAAUUCUCAUUUGGAGGAUUUAAUAAUCUCAAUUUGGUUGCUGGACCCACACCUGCCCAAAUUUCAAGUACGAACACUGGCGAUCAAAAUAAUAAUCCGAGGAUACAAAUACCACAAGGUAUACAAUUGAUUCCGAGCAGAUUACCAAGUGGAGAACUUGCUCUUCUUGUUCCAAACUCUAGAAACAUCAACUUUUUUCCUAGCGGUCAGCGAUCGAGCGCCUUUGCUACUGUGAUACCUUCUUCAACAGAAAUACCUAAACCUUUAAGUCCUCCUGUCAGCCCAAUGAUGCAAGAGGAUUUAAGGCUUAGAUGUCGAUCACCUCAAGGUUUUAGACCUGUUGUACCAACAACCAGAACAUUCAACGAUGAGCAUCAAGUUCCCCAAAUAUCUUCUACAGCAACACAACCUCUUGAAUUGAAAAUCGUUAAGUACCCAAUUAGUAAAAAAAUUGAUUCUCCGAAGAAGAUUGCUGAGCCUCUUUGUAUAAUUACCAAUCAGGGGGAACGGUACAGACAAGCUCAAAUGAAAGAAGAAUCCGCAAAUUACGAAGAAAACGUUAUUCAGGGAGUUAAACGUAAAUACCAAGAGUCUCACGGUUUGCUCACAGUCUCCAACGAUAACUUCUUUCAGCCACCUGCUCCCAAAAUAAUAAAAACUCAAUUGUUGACUCAAGAUUGUCAGCCAUCCUCUAGUUUUUCUGGGGACGCGGAUCCAAGGAGAGUUAAACAGGAGACAACUACUUCUAAAGAUGCUUCCGAUUCUACUGAUAUGUGGAGACCUUGGUGA